AUGUGGUGGUGGCGGCGGCUGCUGCUGCUGCUGGUGCUGGCCUGGCUCGGUAGGGCCCUUCCUGCAGGGGCGGUGACGGAGCAGAGCGCAGGCGGGCAGCCCCGCUCCCCCGGGGGCGGUGGCGGUGGCGAGCCGGUGCGGUACCGGACUGCGGAGAUGGCGGACGCGAUGCUGGGCAGCGGGCUCCCCGGGCAGCAGGCCGUGGUGCUCUCGGUGGUACCGGGGGAGGCGAGGGACGGCCAGACGUCCGCCGUCGCCAAGGGAGCUUGCGAUGCGGCGGCAGGAGGUGAUGUGUGCGGCGCGGGGAGCGGCCCGACGGCCGGCCUCGGCCCGGCGGGCGGGCAGGGCCGGGAGCAGGCCGUGCUGGAAACGGUGCUGCCCGCGCCCGCCGAGGAAUCGAAUAGCACCGACGGCACCAAAGCUCCCAAAGUGAACUGCGAGGAGAGGAACACUACCGGCAUCGACCGCUUCACCCUGCAGAUCCUGAACGUGUCUCAGGACCUGAUGGAGUUCUUAAAUGCAAACAGCAGUGACUGUACAUUAGUCUUGUUCUAUACGCCGUGGUGCCGCUUUUCUGCCAGUCUGGCACCUCAUUUUAAUUCUUUACCUCGGGCAUUUCCAACUCUUCGCUUCCUGGCACUGGAUGCGUCUCAGCACAGCAGUUUAUCAACUAGAUUUGGAACUGUGGCUGUACCAAAUAUCCUCCUUUUCCAAGGUGCUAAACCUAUGGCUAGAUUUAAUCACACAGACAGAACGCUGGAAACACUGAAAGACUUCAUUUUUAAUCAAACAGGUAUCGAAGCUAAAAGUGAUGUGGCUGUGACCGAGGAAGACUGGGAAGGCCCCCUGCCUAGCGUUCUGACAAAAGGCAUAGACUGGCUGCUUCUGUUUUCUUUGCUCUUCCUGGCUAGCUUUGUCAUGUAUGCUACCGUUCGCACGGAGAGCAUUCGGUGGCUGAUCCCAGGACAGGAGCACGAACAUCAGGAAUAACCUGAGAUGCUGAAAUAGGGACAGGAUUUCCCACUUAUUGGUAAAGUGGGAAUUUAUAUGGACUAGAAGUACAUAAGAAUGAACUGUUGAAUUUGUUGGUUGUAAUUUAUAAUCUUGACUAAAAAUCUGCUUUAUUUAUCAACUACUGAAUCUGUAAAGAGCAAAUUGGUGGCGAUUAAUGUGGUAAGUAAACAAAUAUGAAAAAACAUGAACCAAAAAAGUAUUUAUUAAGCUGCUCUGAUCAGCUUAUUUUUCACAGACCUUAAUGUAAAUAGGUGAUAUGGUUCUACUUUCCCCUUCUGAGGAGGUCCCUGAGCUUUGUAGAUGAAGUGAGAUUUUUACAGCACAUUGGUCUGUUUGUGUGGCACUGCCUGGCACAGGAGCAGAGUUGCUUCCGCUCUGGUGGAAUCUGGGGAUCUUCUUUUACAGAUCCUACAGAUGUAUGAACUAAAGCUUUGAUGCGGACGAUGUGGUAAAACACCAUAGAACUAGGAUGUGUUAGCCC